CUUAUCGCCUUUUUCCCUUUCUUCUCUUACACCACCAUGAGCUCCAUGUCGACCACGGCCACUUGGCGAGGCGAAUCACAGGCUAUGGCUACUAAGCACCUAGCCUUCAUUGGUGGGAUUCUCUUUUCCUGUAUUUUGAUUGCGCGAUUGGUCUCAUCCAGGAGUAAACACCGAACCACCUAUCUCACAAUCACCAACAAGAAUGGCGAAAAAUUGCCAGAAAUUGAUAUUCGAGGCAAGAAAUUCAAGAGUAGCGGCGAGCUGUCCCGAAAGAUUAAGGAUAUUGCCGGACCAUCCCCCUGUCUUGUUCGCACUGGACCAAGACAAGAAUUGGUAAUUGCCAAAGCUCAGCAUGUUCAGGAUCUCUAUGGCCGAGAUUAUCAAAUAUCUACAAGUUACAAUGUAUCGCUGUCUGGCAGCCCAUUCGGAUAUGUUAUGCCCGGGGCUACUGCCUCUCCAGCUGGCCAAGAUUGCGGCAAGACACGCAAGCAUUUCAAGCCUAUCCUCUCACUUGAAGCUGUUUCUCAAAGGAUUUCACGUUUCGCUCGAGAAAUCCAGACCUGGGUUAAGACUUUGGACGUUGGUUUUGUUGACUCGAGGCAAACAUUCGACAUGAUCAUGUUUCGCAUGAUGUACCUGCACUUGUAUGAGGAUGCAUACGACGAUCGGAGGUACUGGGCCUUGCUACAGCUUUACCUUCUCCACCAAAAGGCUGUGGAAACUACCGACAGCUCCGCAAAGCUCGCCAAGAAGUCCUACAAAGAAUGGCGCGAAUUCAGCCGAUCAAUCGUCGAUCUGGCUCAAAAGGGGCGAUGGAAGUGUCCGGUUGAGGUCAUAUACCGCGGCGUCAGCGCUAGUGACAUGACCGAAGAAGCGUACCUGUCGACUCUCAGCGAAAUCAUGUUCAACAAUGUAGAAAGCACUGGUCAAGUUUUUAGCACGAUCUUCACGAAGUUGGCGGCCAACCGAACCAUCCAAGAUGCUCUGCGCCUAGAGAUCCAAGUAAAUGAGGAUGCCAGAGAUAUAUAUCUGCACCGGUCAGACACUCUGUUGCAUCGGGUUCUCCAAGAAAGCCUGCGUCUCUCCCCGGCGAUUGGGUUCUCCACGCCCGAUUUAACGCGAGGCACUAGAACCAUUGCAGGGUGCCUCAUCCCUGCCCAAACUCCAGUGGUCAUUGACGCUCACCGCGUAAAUACGGAUCCUGUAAUUUGGGGUCCUGACUGCGACGCCUGGGAUCCUGAUCGAUUCCUCCGCGUUGAUGCCAAUUCUCUGCGCUGUGGAUACAUUCCAUACAGCGCAAGCGCCGCCUCGGAACAAUGGCUGGGCAAGGAUGCGGCAGAAGUCAUUUUCAAAAUCACGAUCGUGGCCAUUGUUGAGCAGAUAUCCCUCGAGCCAGUGGGUGAUGGCGAGGAGCAAGGUAGUGGCACGGAUUUGAAUAUGCGAAGGCUCAAGUGAUGGGUUAUAGAUGUACCUGGACCUAGGUAGCUAGCCUGAGGUGCAACGCGUUUCGCUUUUUGUAUA